AUGGGCGGGGGCAACGGCCAAAAAUCAGCCAAAGCGAGGGAGAAAGCGCAGGCGAAAGCGGCGAAAGGCGGCGCUGGGAGCAUGCUGAAGGCAAACGAAGCGGCGAAAUCGAUCCAGUGCAAAGUGUGCAUGCAAGCGUUCGUGUCGACGCUGAGUCACUCGGAGUUGAAAAAGCACGCGGAGAAUAAACACCCGAAGUUGGACGCGAAACAAUGCUUUCCGUUCUUAGAGUAA